UUGAGGUAAUCGGAGUAAACAGUAAAGAUGGCGACGUCUGGAGCAGGAGAGGGGGGCUCCAGCCUGAACGGGAUCGUUUCCGAGAUAGAACAGAAACAAUUUACAGACCUACCAGCCGAAUUACUUGAGUACAUCUUAUGCUUUCCUGUCCUCAAACAUGUCGACAUUUGCAACGUUUCCUGUAGCUGCAAGCGGCUACACGACGUUUGCCACGGCAGGGGGAAGGUCUGGGGACACCAGUACAAACUCAGAUGGCCAAGAUUGCAGAAGCAUUACCGCCAGAAUGAGUGUUGUGAUUGGCUGAAAGAAUACAGAACGCGGCACACUGUUGGUCUACAAAUACGACGAACAGUUGUAUCCAUCUCCCAGAGAUUCUUCACGGAAGUUCCUUGCGUUGGCCAGGUGCUGGGGGACAGCUUUGCUGAGAUCGAGUCCCUCGGCGCCCCAGAGCACUUCUGUGAAGACGAGCUGCUCUCCAUACUCAACUCAGACAGGAGGAAAAGCCUGACACUGAAGUACUAUGCAAAGAAAAUCCUUUAUUUCCUGCGCCAGAAGAACAUCCUGAGGAGUUUAAAGAUGUUUCUGGAACAGCCUGCAGAGCAGCAGUCAGCCCUAGAGGGAGCUCUGCUGGUAGACCAGUACUGUAACCCCCUGGCAGAUGUGUCAUUGGAUGGUAUAUCCUCCCAGCUGGAGGAGAUCACUGACAAGAUCAAGAAGAUGCUGCGGAUAAAGAACCCCUCUCAUCCAAGCCUGAGGGUCACACAAGACGACUUUGAUCUCCAGAGACAGGUGGUCGUUCCUCAAUCGUGUUUUAUACGAGCAGCUUCAGUACAAGGCAACGAGUGUGACUACUACAACCCUCCUCAACUCCCUACAUACACCAGGUACGAGCUACUACAACCCUCUCAACUCCUACAUACACCACUACUACAACCAUCUCAACUCCUACAUACACCAGGUAUGAGCUACUACAAACCCGCUCAACUCCUACAUACACCAGGUAUGAGCUACUACAACCCUCUCAACUCCUACAUACACCAGGUGCUGCUCCGCCGGACAGGCAUUCCCAUCAGCCUCUCUGUCCUUUACAUGACGCUGGCCAGGAAACUGGGGGUUCAACUGGAGCCUGUCAACUUCCCCAAUCACUUCCUGCUUCGCUGGUGCCAGCAACAAAGAGGGAGUGGAGACAUCUAUGAUUUUGCGUACAUUGACGCCUUCGGUAAAGGCAAGCAGCUGACAGCUAAGGAGUGCGAGUACCUCAUUGGUCAUCAGGUGACUGCAGACUACUACAAUGCCAUCAGUACAACAGAAGUGCUGUUAAGGAUGGUGGGAAAUCUGCUGAACAUCGGCAAACGAGGGGAGGGCAAUGAAAAAUCCUACCAGCUGCUGAGAGACUCUCUGGAUCUCUACCUCACCAUCAACCCAGACAACGUCCAAUACCUUCUACUACAGGCCAGACUCUACUUCCACCUGGGCAUCUGGCCUGAGAAGGUCCUCGACAUCCUGCAGCACAUCCAGGCGUUGGACCCGUCCCAACACGGGGCAGUGGGUUAUCUGGUACAACACACCCUGGAACACAUCCAGCACAAGAAACAGCCUGUAGAGCCAGAGGUGAAGAGACGCAGCGCCCCCGAACACCUAGAGCUGCAGUACAGUGUAGGCCUCAUCAUGAAACACAAGAGGUCUGGCUAUAACUGUGCUAUCUAUGGCUGGGACCCCAAGUGCACCAUGAGCCAGGAGUGGAUUACCACCAUGAGGGUCCACCAGCUGUCCAGCGGGGCUAACCAACCCUUCUACAACGUCUUAGUGCAGGACGGCACCUGCCGAUACGCUGCCCAGGAAAAUCUAGAGCCCCAUUCCGCCCCUCUGGAGAUUGCUCACCCGGAGGUGGGACGCUACUUCUCAGAGUUCCAUGACAGCCACUAUGUUGCCAAUGAGGAGCUGCAGACACGCUACCCAGAGGACAUGGCAGAGACCCUGGGCACCGUACGGGACCUCUACCACAGACUGAUGCCCAGCUCAGUGCAACAGGAAAGCCCCAACGGCCCAGAGGGACCUUCCCAAGAGAACCAGGGCAGCCAGGAAAACCAGGACAGCCAGGAGAACCAGGGCAGCCAGGAGAACCAGGGCAGCCAGGAGAACCAGGGCAGCCAGGAGAACCAGGGCAGCCAGGAGAACCAGGACAGCCAGGAGAACCAGGGCAGCCAGGAGAACCAGGACACCAUGCCCACAUAGCUAAGCCUUCACUACUCCUCGGCCCCAUUCAAAACAACCCCUAGUUCCUACCACCUAGGCACAGGUACAUCUGAAAGGAUUGGAUGUGUAUAAACAAUAUGGCAGAAUUACAACUAGCCUGUCAUAGGGCAGAUUGUAGCUACUACUAGCCUAACCUAAUGUGGAAAGAUGCCUGAGCGGAGUCCUCACUUCCGUUUUUCAGGGGAAAUGGAAGUUAGGUUGAAAAUACUGUAUCCCUGAAAACCAGACAUCCGCUUUCAGCCAAUGCCGCUAAGGGUGCUACUAGCCUAUUGUGUGGCAGGUUGGCGCUACGACUAGCCUUUCAUAGGACAGGGAGGCAUUACUACUAGCCUAUCAUAGGGCAGGGUGGAGCUACUACUAGGGUCUAGGGGUUGUUUCUGGACAGGGCCCUCUGUUCCCCAUCCAGUUCCAUUACUUGACACAACAUCCUGUCCCCAAAACCAUCAGGGUCGUCGGUAUUCACAGAGUCUGAGUAGGAAGUGCUGAUCUACGAUCAGGUCCUCCCCCUGUCCAUAUUAUCUUAUUCACUAUGAUCUUAAGGGCAAAACUGGUCCUAGAUCAGCGCUCUUCCUCUGAGAAGCUUAUUUUGAAUACCGAUCCAUGAAUGCUUCAGUACCAGGAUCAUGUGCUGUACCACCGCCUGCCAACCAACACCAGUCAAAGCCAAAGCCCCUUUUCUCUCUCUAACUUCAUGAAGACUUACUGAGAUCGAAACACUUACUCUCGCUCUCUCCACCUCAAUAUACUUUCUCCAACAUCUGUCAAGAAGAGGUCUUCCCAGACUUGACUCCCUAGUCCCUCUACCCCUUCCCACUUCCACAUGAAACAAUAUAAAAAUUAACUUUACAGUAUGAAACAAUAUGAAAAUGAACCUUGCGGUAUGAAAAUGAGACUUGCAGUAUGAAACAAUAUGGAAAUGAACCUUUCAGUAUGAAACAAUAUGAAAAAUUAACUUUACAGUAUUAAAUGAACGUUACAGUAUGAAAAUGAGUGUUACAGUAUGAAAAAAUAUGAAAAUGAGCGUUACAGUAUCUCCUCACACAUGAGUUGAAUACAUUCAGUUGUACAACUGACAAGGUGUCCCUCUUUUCUUCUGUCACAUUACAUUAUAAUAAUGAUUCAUGCACUUAUGAAAGGAUGACUUUCACAUUUCUAGAACGUGUUAUUAAAAAUUCUGUAUAUUUACAAGUGAAACAUUGCAGGACUACAAUGACUUGAAACAGGAAUGGGUUGUGAGACUUAAUAAAUAUAAAUAAAAUGUUUCAAUGUUU